UACGUCGGCUGUGACGUAAGCUCGUACACCCUGCACUUGUCAGUGAGCCAGCAGGUCAGUGUAUUUCCCUGCUGCCCUCAGACUGGCUGGAAUAGUGCACAGACUUAUGUUUCUAUUUGUGACACGGACUCAUUUCUGGAUAAACAGAGCGGAAGAGCGUGAUUCUGUGAAAUGACGCGCUCUGGUUGACGGCAGGUUUGCGCGAGCACAAUCCGGUACGUCAGGCAGGAAUCAGACCGGUUCUUCUGCUUUACAUGGUCGCUGUAAAACAGAUACAUAGCAUGACAUACUGUCGGUUAAUGUGCGUUUAAAAGGGAGGUCAGCUCCGGUUGGGACAGCCCCGGGCUCCACGAGCAAGGAGUUAUGAGCAGUCUUACUAAGAAGAAGACACGGUUUAUUAAAAAUCCUGGCAAUAAACUGUCUUUUGGCAAUAGAGACUGGAACGAUGACUUCAUCAGCCUCUACGACGAGUCCUUUGGGAGAAGGAUGUACGGAUUGCAGCCAAACAAGGACAGACACCCUUCACCACGGGACGGAAUGACGCUGAGGCUCAAAAGUCCUGCCUCGGACGUCCUUCCUAGAGACCAUCUGGACCUGAGCACAACUUCUGUCAUCAGCUACCUCCACAGCGGCAAUACCAAUUACUGCACGAGCCCGGCCUCGGACUACCACGAAAACGACCGUCUGCUGGACAUCCGGAAACGCUCCAGCUCUUCCAGACGCCGGUUCGAGGUGGUCACCGAGCUGGGACCGGAGGAAGUCAGGUGGUUUUACAAAGAGGACAAAAAGACAUGGAAGCCCUUCAUGGGACACGACUCUCUCCGGAUAGAAUUCAUGUACCGCAGAUUCUGCGAGCUGAACCCGGAGAGCGGCCGUGCCGGAGAGGAGAUCCUCAAAGACGGAGGCGAACCGUCGCUGGAGACGCGUGAGCCCAGCGAGGAGACGUGUGAAAGCGUUGACGUCGCUAUAGAAGCCGUGUGUGUCCGAGGAGGACUCUAUGAAGUGGACGUGAGAAACAAAGAGUGCUAUCCGGUGUACUGGAAUCAACAGGAGUGCAUCCCUGUCAUGAGAGGCCAGUGGUUCAUUGACGGCACAUGGACGCCUGUAGAGGAGGACGAGAGCGACCUCAUAGAGAAAGAACACCUGGCUUGUUUCCGAGGACAACAGGUACAGGACGCUUUUGAGACUGACGCGCUGGCCAAGACUGUGGACAGGAAAGAUGUUCUUUCCCACUUCCCCCCAUUCUACCUCCCCUUUCUAUUCAAAUGGAGCGGAUAUCAGACGAGUGCUAAAAGUCACAAGCGAAAGCGAUGUCAAGCCAUUCACAGUCUGCAGUUGAGCCGCAGUCAUGUCGACUGGUACAGCGAUGAUGAGGUGUAUCUGUACAGCGACGCCACCACGUCUAAGAUUGCUCGCACGGUCACACAGAAGCUGGGCUUCUCUAAAGCCUCCAGCAGUGGCACUAGACUGCACCGCGGUUAUGUGGAGGAGGCCUCGCUGGAUGAUAAACCUCCUCAGACCACACACGUUGUGUUUGUGGUUCAUGGCAUUGGACAGAAGAUGGACAAGGAUCGCAUCAUCAAAAACACUGGCAUGCUGCGGGAAGCUGUGAGGAAGAUGGAGGAGAAGCACUUUGCUGAGCAAACAGAGGAGCAUGUGGAGUUCCUGCCGGUCGAGUGGCGCUCUAAACUCGCUUUGGACGGCGACACAGUGGAGUCUAUCACACCAGAUAAGGUGAGAGGCCUGAGAGAUUUACUCAACAGCAGCGCCAUGGACAUCAUGUACUACACCAGCCCUCUCUACAGAGACGAGAUCACUAAGGGUUUGACGCAGGAGCUCAACCGCCUGUAUUCUCUCUUCUGCUCACGAAACCCUGAAUUUGAGAAGAAAGGCGGCAAAGUGUCCAUCAUCUCCCACUCUCUGGGCUGCGUGAUCACCUUCGACAUCAUGACCGGCUGGGAUCCUGUGCGCUUCUGUCUGCAAGAACAUCACGACCAGCUGCUGGGCGACGAUUUACACUGGACGAGUUGAGAGCGCCACCUGCUGGAGGAAGUGCAACUAACCAGACAAAGGUUACGAGAACUGCAAGAUCAGCUUCAGGGCCUGAAGGCAUCGACACCUGCACCCUUCCCUACGUUGAAGUUUAAGGUGGAGAACUUCUUCUGCAUGGGCUCUCCUCUGGCUGUGUUCCUGGCUCUGAGAGGGAUUCGGCCCGGAAACACCGGUGACCAGGACCACAUCAUGCCCAAAUCCAUCUGCCGACGCCUCUUCAACAUCUUCCACCCAACCGAUCCUGUGGCCUAUCGACUGGAGCCUCUUGUUUUAAAGCACUAUAGCAAUAUUGCACCUGUCCAAAUACACUGGUGUAACACUAUCAAUGCCACUCCAUAUGAUGAGAUCAGACCCACAUAUAUAAACGUCAGUAAGGACGUAGCGUCCGACACGGAGAACGGCCCCAGCACCUCACCUGUCCUGGCCAGUAGUUACUACGGAGAGUCCAUCACCAACCUGGGCAAGGCCAGCAUACUAGGUGCUGCGAGUCUUGGAAAGGGCAUCGGCGGGAUUUUAUUCUCCCAUUUCUCUCGCUCACCCAGCCUGCCGUCAACCGGGGAUUCUGGGAUGGGUGACAGUGAGGACAGCCAAAGCACUUUUGCAUAUUCAGCCAUAUCUCCAUCCUCUUCCUCCUCUUUAUUUGAUGCAGCAGUUGAGAUGGAGCAUCGCAUGGACUUUGAGCUUCGGGAGGGUUUGGUGGAGAGCCGCUAUUGGUCAGCUGUGACCUCACACACGGCCUAUUGGACCUCCCACGACGUCGCCCUGUUCCUCCUGACAUUCAUAUACAAACAACAGAGCACAGACCAGGCAGGAAACACCUCACACAAUAAAGACUGAUCCAUCCUAGGACACUUUAAAGAACACUUGGUGCCUCUGAGUUUCUCUCCGAAGCCUUCCGUACGGACAGAGGCUGGACUAUGCAAAGCUGCAUUAUUAAGAAAAUGUAAUAUUUUUUAUAUUAUAUAAGUCCAAAGAAGAUCCGUAGGAAGUAUAUGCAGCAGACACGCACAGACAUUCAUGCAGCUCUAGGGCUCAAAUCAGUGUCUUUAAUUGGUCAGCAGAACAUGAUAAACCCCUAAUAAUGACCGGCACUUAUUGAAAUGUGUACGUUUUAUAGAUAUAUUUGUUUUGACCUGAGAAAUCAAUGUCUGUUUAAUGCAAUAACAUGUUUAACAAUAUGCAUAACUAAAUGUUUAUUGUUAACACGGUUGUAUUUUAUGCAGAAGGGUUCGUCGUGACCUCACAACUAGAUAAUUUAUUUAUUUUAUUGAUGUGCACAUGAUUCUGAAUGAUUAUGGAUGGCUUGGGAAGAGAUUUCCACUUGCUGCUGGCACAGUUUUUAUAGCCAAAUCAUUCCAUCAUCGAAUCUCACAAAACUCGGCAUGGGCUGCAAUCUGUUUGGGGAAGAUUGUCCCUUCACUCGUACUAUAGUUUGUGUGUUUUUUAUGUGCCACAAAUAACAACACUAUUAACAUGUAGACACUAGCUCACGGAAAACAUGGUAUUUAGGCUAGACUCUAUAGAUGUCAUGUCUGCAGGGUAAGACGCGAUGGGGCUCAAGACUGUUCUGUCGUGUAGUUUCAUGUUCCUGUUUCUUUGUUUAUAUGUUCAUAAAGGUCACAUGUUUAUGAAAUGUGUCGAUGCUACUGAUACUGGUGUUUAGUUCAUCUGUUCACCUGCACUUUAAGAGCAGAAAUGUCCAAGAUGUAAAGGAGAAUAAGAAGUGAAUUGGCUUAGAUUGAGACUGGCAUGGGUGGCAUUAUCUGUAUUUUUUUAUUUUACCCAUUAGACCUGUGUUUCCCAACCUGUUUUUGUCUUAUGUAUCCCACGUGCCCAUCAUAAACUUUAUCCACUACAGAAACGUGUUCCUAUUAAUUCAUCUUACACUGGAUCUGUUACUGUUAUUAAACUGGCUAUUUUUAUUUAUAAAUGAAAUCAUUCAACAGUUGUAAA